UUGGUGGAUGUUGUGGCGAUUGCACACCAUGCGUCUUAGCCUCUGUUGAUAUUUUCUGCGGUAGAAUAGUAAGUAUUUGUCAUUUCUUGCUUUGCUUGCAUGUAGAUGGUUUGGAAAUUUGUUAGCACAUUAUGCCUUAGCCAUUUCUUUGCUAUGCACAGGUAGUUGAAUGAAUCACUAAUGUCCAUGUGCUUUCCCAGAUCGAGCUAAGAAAUGUUGCAUCGUUUGAAGGGAUAAAAGGUCGUUACGGGACCACUUCGGUGCCCUUUAUUGUAAUGCUGUAUUUAGAAAAUUAGUGCUCCAGCUCCACAAGCGUUUGAUCCCUAUUUUCAUGUUAACUUAAAUAAGCUUAGUUUUUGCCGGUCUUUUCUUUUAAAUAUUUUUAAAAAAUUUGCUCGUGACGUUACCUCGUGACGAUCGAUCAAAAAUUGUGAAAUGUUUUUAAAAAAACGUUUACGUUUACAUCUAAUUUAGUUCCUUCUAAUUUUUCAAAGUUUCUGUAACACAUUAAUUUAAAAACGUUGUUAGCCGAUUAUAACUUACGACUCAUGCUAUGAGAUACAAUGAAGCUUGUAAUUGAAACAAAAGACACUGUAAUUCAUUACGACGAUAUUUACCCUGCGGUCGUUUCGCUUGAGUAAAAAAUUUAGACAAGAGACAUCCACCAUGGACCUCAUAUUGCAUCCAGACCAAAUAGACAGUUUUAUUGACUCGUAUGUUGGGCCCUUUACUUGAAUAAGUUAUUGUUUUCAACAUUCUAAGCUUACGUGUGUUUCUUUAGCGUUGAAAGCCUCCUCUAUCCAGAUUAAACUGGGCGUGAUAAAAAAAAGUUAAAAUGGUCACACUAAAUCGUUUUGGCGGAGCAAGCCCUUAAAUUAAUGCGGAAGAAAUAGGAAAAAGCAAUCGCUCCACAGUUUGCUACUGACUUAAUAAUACAGUAAUCAUUUGAAAAAAAUUAUUAAAAAUAAUGUUGAUUACAAAGACCUAUUGUUCUCAGAUAAGGUGGAAGAUAACCCAGGGUAAUGUAGUUUUUCAAAAAUUUUGAAACCACACAUAACUUUCCUUCACCAGUCAAACUCUGUAAUAUUUUAACUAGUAAUAGUUGACACUACAGAUGCCCCUGCUCUAUGUAAUGUCGGUCAAUAGUAUUCUUGGUCGUUGUGUAGCUCUUUGAGAUAUGACGAUUCUUAUUUUUAUUUUCACACAUAUUUCUUACGAUAGGUGAGGUAAAAACAGGAAACGCAAGGUUCCAUGCACUGAUUCAGUUCAAUUUGCACAGCUUUGAUCAAAACAUUCUCAGUUUUGAGAAUAGCUUAUUCUAAACCAUAAGAAAAGAUUUAGUUAGAAGUUGGGAUUUUUUUCUAAAUUCUCUUUCACUUUUUUUAUACAGUUCAUUUUAAUUGCUGAAAAGUAGGCCUUAGAAAUUCAAAGGUUUGAUCUAUUCAUUCUCGCACGUUCUAGUCUUUUUUUUUACUAUUAAGACAAUACUUUAAAAUUUUUUUUUACGGAAGGAGAUCUCUGGGCAGGGAAUAAGUCGGCACAGAAUUUAAUUGUCGGCAAAUUAAUGUAAUCGACCAUCAUUCUGCUGGUGAUAAGUUAGUAUUUGAUUCACUUGUCUUGCUUGUUUGUGGACUGAGUCUUAUUCCCCCAAAACUGAGAGAAAGAGUGUCUUGUCAAUCGUUUCCAAUCAAAGAUAUGAGAAUGAUAAACUCAUGUCUGGUAAACUCUCCAAGUGUUUAUUACAUGUACACAGUUAUAUGCACCUUAUAACUUCAUCUGUGCGUAAUGAGUGUGGAAUUGACUGAUGCGUUAAUUUUUCAAGCACUCGAUAAUUCAAACCAAUUUUCUUUUUCUAAAUUGGUUUGAAAAAUCGGCUUCAUGGGCUAUUGACUCAGAGGCCAUGAGGGCGAGAGGAAUAAUUGUUUUAGAAAAAUCCAACUAGUUCGUCAAAAAUAUAGAGAGUAAAAAAAUUUUAGCUAGUUAAAAGCUACAUGUAGAUUUUAAUCCUUUUUUGCCGCCAAAAAGCCCGCGCUUUUCGCUACUUGGGGGCUAUAACAUAUAGCCAAGUAGCCGCUCAACCAAUCAGAACACAGCAUUGAUAAUAGACCACUAGUUGAAUUAUUUUUACUAAAGUAAAGUAAAGUAUUUAGAUGAAUAUUAAAGUCAGAGUUGCGGUAUUGUUGUUGUUGUUUAUUUUUUGUCCAUCAAUUUUAAACCAAAUCUUGAUGAUUUUUGUUAAGUUCCUAUCUGGUACAUAGAGCUUUGUGAUAAAAUAACAGUUGUAAGUCAGUGUGCUUGUGUUGCCACCAGCAUUAGUUAAUUUUAAAAGUGAAAAUUGAAUGAUUAUGUAAAGUAUUCGUUAAUCACGGAAAUUUCCAACAUUCCUUAAAUUUGGUUCUGAGUGUACUGUAAGUGUUGCUGAUGAUGACUUUUCCCUAUUUUGUAGGUGAGGUAUUAGCAGAAAACUUCCAAACUUUAGAAAUGGCACUAGCUUCACCAUCACAAAGUGCACCAGAUGUACAAAGAGUCCUCUUGAGGCGGCCUUCACAAAGCUCAUCUCCGUCUCUCGUCACACCAGAGGUCCAGGCAGUUGAUUUUUGUCGUAGUAAACCCAAAUUAGUCGAACUUGAAAACAUGCUGUUUUCUCUAGCCAAUGGCAGUGUUAGUUUACAAGAGGCAAAAGACAGCUGCUUAUCCUUGUUAUGUGACAGCAUUAACACAAAGGAAAUCUUUAAUGUUUUUUGCUGCUGUAGUUGGACAGACCGAUACAGAGAUCCUACUAUCUCUCAGCUUUUUUAUGAACUAGUAAAUAUCCAGCAAGAUAGCAGUGAUUAUACACUAUUGCUGAAUGAACUAGAGAUUGCAUGUGAAGAGUUGCUGAAAGUAUUAACUCAUCUUGGAACUCCAAACACUUUGCAAUUAAACAUUGUUUCUCUCUUGCAUAAUCUAAGUAGAUUGGAUGAUCUCCCACAAUCACAUCUGGAGGCUGUGCAGAGUUACCUAGAGGAGAUUGCGAGGGCCUUGUGGCCCUACAGCAGACCUUCUGCCCCUGAUUUGUGGAUGAGUGAGGCCUUUUGUGACGCUCAGUGUGAUGUCCUUAAAGCUUGUGGUACAUUUCUUGAAGCUAAGUGCCCAGUAAAUACAGAAAAAACAUUCCAGAAGAUCAGUGCCAAGCUGAUUUCUAGUGAACUCUCGCAGUAUUCCAGGUUUCGAUUGCUUGAAAUUCAGGAGCUGCGAUCUUUUGGCUGGAAACUUCCUGUGGCAGCAGUGAAUUAUUACAAUGCCACAUAUCAAAAGGUACAUUGCAAGAAUGAUUUAUAAUGGUAAUAGGACUGAGUUGAGUCCAGUUGGGUCUGUUAUCAUGGAGUUGAUCGACAGAUCACGAGUACAGUAUGAUUACAGACUGAAUUGGAUGACACAAAGCUCUGUUACCAAUUAAUCAUAACUAUAACAAAAUUUGUGAUAUUUUAGGCUUCUUUUUGAAGUCAAAACACAAGAAAUUCUAAGAGUUUUUUUUUGCUAGCAGUGAAAUAUAAAAGCCAUUGAAGUGUGUACAUGUGAUGGCAUGUACUGUCCGGGUACUAAGACAUGACGUGUACUGUCCUAUUACACUGUCCUAUUAGUGCUGAAAUCAGCAAGUUGAUAGCCUAUCUGAUUUGAGAAUUAAAGUCAUAUAGUGACGAUUAUUAACAUUAUUGUACAACUGUAUCUACUAGUCUUAUUUAAGGAUGACUUGUGGUAAGGCUGUUUUAGUGCUGUGCUGGUUCUUGUGAUAUUUUCUAUUAAUAUUCUUGUAGCAUUUUGAUAGAAUAUCAAGCAUUAUUUGAUCAAAACACUCUUCAUAAUUUUUAGUCCAAAAAAUACCAUGCUUAUUAAUGUGUGAAUUUUAUCCAAAUCUUGUACACAUGUAAAGUCAACUCUCACCCUAGGGACACUUCAUUAUUACAGAUACCCUGAUUAUAAGAGGCACGGCACCUUGCAGCUAUACCAAGAUCUCACAAUAUUGGUGAGGAAAACGAUGAAGGAACAAAGUUCACAAUGUAACCUCGACACAAAACAAAAGACCUGCAACAUAUAGGGGUCCACUGAAAUUAGAGGUUUUGUCCUUUUGUCUGUCAUUUGUAAACAAUAGCGAAAACAAUGAAUCUACUCGAUCGACCAAUUAGCGCUUCCGACUGGAUUCCAGACAAAUUUUGCGUCAUCAGUAUGGAAUUUCUCUCCCUGAGUUGCAGACGUUCCUCCUCGUGAAACGUUCCUCAUUGGUGAUGAGCGAGUAGAAACGUCUGCCGUUCGCAGGCUACCUACAAGGUAGUCAUAAGAAAUUUGUACCAGCAGUAUCCAACCAUGGUUUAUUUUGUCUUGAACAGCUGAGGAACCAACCUAGAGGGAACCAAACAAUCAGUAAUUCUACAGGACCUUUAAAGAAUGGUUUGAAAAGGAUUAAUUCCAUGGAGGAAAAGAAAAGCCAAAAUACCAGCAAACCAGUGACUGUGCUGAGAAUAAAAGAGAGUGAUCUAAGAAUGUCAUUUCAAAACUUGCGUGAAGACUUUGCUCCAAGAGAAGAAGUUGUUAAAGAGCCACAUGUUUUGGUAGAUCACAACCGGUGUUCAUCCAUUAGUGAUGAAAAAUUGCCAGUGUCGACCCAAAAGAGAGUAUCUGUUGGUUUUGGCGAUGAGAGCUUCAGGACCACUCCUGUCAAUAAGACCUUGAGUGACUCAAACCUUUGCCAAAUGGAUCUGAUUACUAAAAAGCUUCAAAGUGAGAAACUUUCUUCACCUCCAUGCAGUGCAGUAGAUACUAAAUUAAGAGCCCCUUUUGAGGAUAUAUCCAGCGUUGGAAGACAACAGGAUAUGAAUGUAGGUGCUGAAACAAAUCCUUCGACCCCACUUUCUUAUCUUUCCACAGGGCAUGUUGUGGAACGCGCGUCAUCUCCAUGCAGCAGUGAUGGCAGUGAUGAUGUUUUUACUGGCACAGUUGGAAGGGACAAAAUCAUUCCGGCAAUUCGUAGAGGUGACUUCAAAAAAGCACGGCGACCCUUCAAGAGUGACUCUUCAUUGCCCUCAACUACUAAAAGUCUGGAGAAUUAUUUGGAUUCCAAAAAAAGUAACUGGAAGGUUGAACCUACAGUGUGCAGUCAAACAAUUGAGUUGGUGACAUAUGAUGCAAAAGAUCAGCUAAAAAGUGACUCCUGCUCAUUUCAGGUUGCCGAUGGUGUAUCUGAUAAUAAUUCAAACAGCCCGAUUGUUGCUGAAGUGGAUCAUGGCACCAAUACAUGUAGAACCUCAAGUGAAUGGGAAGUUGGAGAGGGAUCAAAAGUUAAUGCUAAUGAAGAGAGUACAGAAAGAGUAAGCUUGCACAAAACUGCUGAUAAAGGUGACCCUAGCACCCACCACACUACACAAGAAUGGACAGCUCUAAAAGCAUCAAUUGGUGAUGAAACACUUGAAGGUGCCAAAGGUGUUAGCUUACAUAAUGAAGCAGACAGCUGGAGAGAAAGACCAUCAGAGGAUAAGACACAACUACAAAACACAACUAACGUCAAUGAUACAUGUACAUCCAAAGAAAAUUGGAGAGAGAGUUGUAGAAAGGUUUCAAGUUCAGCAGACUUUUGGGGAAGUGGCUCAGGUAACGAGAACUGGCGUUUUAAUAAAUCAGUGAGUGUUGAUGAGACAACAAAGGAUACAACCCCUUCAUCAAGUGAGCAUUCUAAAAGAUACAGCAUUGGUGACAUUAAGUUUGAACGUCAGGAUUCAGAUGAGAAAGGUUUGUUGAUUUAGAAAGAAAGUGUACUUUUACUGCACUUACAUGUACAGUGUAUGUACAGUCAUUUAUUUAUUCAUUAACUUCCUCAGCCACAACCUUCUCUGCUCAGUGGACCUGCACCUUGUUAUUUAAUCAUUAAGUUCAUUGUUUGGGUCUUGCUGACACAGCUCCUUUUUUGUUGAGACAAAGAUACAGUCCAGCCCCUUGUAAGCAACCACCCAAAAUGCAAAGACUGAGUGGUCGCUUAUGGGAGGUGCCCGUUUAUUAGAAUCGAACCACGUGGCGCCUCUUCUGAGAGUAGGCGCAAGCACAUGUACUUGUGUAGUGACGGUGCCACUAGUCUGGUCUUAAUUUUAUUAUUAAAUACCUGCUCAUGUUCUGUAGAGUCAACGAAUACCAGGUCCAUCAAUUAAAGGUGAAAAAAACUCUUUGUGCUCACCUUUGCUACUGAACCGGUUAAAAAAAACGUACAGUAAAAUCAGUACUUUUAAGUCUGAAAGAUAAGAGGGAGUUGAAUCAUUUUUUAAUUCAAGCAGUGCAACCCAAGUUUGAAAUAAACAUCAAAGGGAUAUAGUUGAAAAAAAAGAUUAGGUGUAUGGUACUGGUACCCUACAUGUAGCUACUCUGUACUGUCAGAUUCUCAGUAUACAUGUACAAUAUGUGUGUAUGAUUACAGUGUAGGUCAAAAUGAAACUCAGGUUUAAAAAUUGUUUCAUUCUCAAUUUCCUUGUCCCCCAGCCCUAACUUUUCAUUAUCAUGAAUAGCAAGGGUUGAGAAACAAAGAAAACUGAGAAUAAGACCAGCCUAAGGGUGAGAUUGUGAAAGCCUGAAAUUACUUGCUAUACUCAAUUGUGAAGCCGCCUAUGUUUACAUCCUAGCUGUCUACUUUAAAUCUCCAUGACAACCUUGUGUAGAUACAGUAUCUGUUUUUCUUUUUAUAUAGUUAAAAGAACCAGAGGAGGGUUUGGGCUUCCCACACAGGCUACCCAUGAUAGCAAGGAAACUUUAAGGUAAUUAUAUCACUCUCCAGAGGGCUCAAAACCGAGCCAAAGUGAAAUUGUUUUGUGUGGUUGGCUUAGAGAACGAGGAAUAUUCAUAAUAACUAUUAACGCGUUUCUGCUUGGUUGUACACUGUAGAAGCAAACUUGUUUUGCAUUAAUGGCUUAUAGGAUGAAGAAUUCUCAUGACAUGUUUGUAUUUCGACCUCGCUUGUUUUAUUCACCAAUGGAACCAUUGGAAUGACAUCCUUUACUAUUGGUACCAAUAGUACUAUUAGUACCAAUGGACCAUCGGAAUUGCCCUGUACCCAGCCAGGUCACAUGGGAAAACAAUCUAAGUCCCCUUCAUGUGAUGCAUAUUAACCAACAGAACCAUUGGAAUGAUAUUGUUUUCUGUUGGCACCAAACCUACCAUUGGUACCAAUGGACCAUCAGUUUGACGAAUCGUAUCCAUUUGUGUUUAUUGGACAUGUGUGAAGGUUAAUUUCUUUAUUUUUGCCAUUGUAGUGAGGAAAAUCUUGUGGCAUCUGAAUCAGAACUUCUUGAAAUUCAAAUUAGUGAAGAGGAAAACCAAGGUGGGUUAUUUGAUACACUGUACAUCUGUCAGAUGCCCUGUCUGAUGCAACUUUACUACAAAUAAAUUGUUUUAAAAUAAUUUUUGUUUGUUUUUCUAUACUUGAGUAUCAGAACAAAGAGAUCAUAUUAUUUUUUUCUCUCUCAGCUCUUCACUGGAGGAAAGUUAAAGAUAUCCAGGUAUUUUUAUUCUUCCUCAAAGUAUACGCUGUUUUUUGUUACAAAAUUCUAACACAAAAUCAGUGAUGAUACAUGUCUCCCUUACUGUGAGUUAGCAACUGUGUCGAAAAGUGGAAGUUGGGUGGCUGAGGUAUCCAGGAGCUUCUACUAAUGGGAGCCAGCUCCAAGGAGGAGAGCAUUCCCAUGGCUGGCAAAUCCUGGCAACCUAGCCAUAAGCCCCCAAGCACAAGGGAAGAAAGCAGGCACCGUCUCGCACUGAGCAAGUCACUGUAAAGAGGGAAGGGACCGAGGGGGGAGGGUGGCUAUUAACUGAGUCCCUAUGAUUGAGAUGCCAAGGCUGAGUAAAUGCUUGCUAAAAACUGCCCAAACACGGCAAAAUGCGAGAACGCUAAAAAUAAUCACAAGGUAGAAGAAAAAUGCACUGGAAACUACUAAUAACUUGCUAGACAUGCCAGAAUACAGAAAAUGCACUAGAAAGUGCUACAACACACACAAGAGCAAGAGCACAUGGGAUACUGGUUCAUUCGCAUCUCACAACACCUUUGGCCAGCAAGAUGAGACUAGUGUUCCUUGUUGUUAACUCUGUUAAAUUACAUUUAACUGCAUUAUAUAACGUUUACAAUCAAACUAAGCCAAGUAAAGUAGCCAUCUUGAUUUUAAAAGAAUUCAGGUUGAUCACUAGUACUGUACAUGUAUAACCCUGUCCAUUGCAAUGAAUGUGUAGAACGCUUAAUCAAGCCCACUGGGAAACCAAGCCAACUACAAGGCAGUGCUGUUAUCUGAUACAAAUAAUUCAUUUUACUGUUGUGGUCAGUUGAAACCCACAUAAAUUAAAAUUUUCCAAGAAAGGUGCUUAACUAAAUUUCUUGUUUGAAGAUUGACACAGGUUGUAGGAUAUUUCACAACAGAGAGAAAUGUACAGUGGAGAUUAGAGGUGACCCUGAACAGUGCAAGGUACUAAUAAAUUUAAGCAGUGUAUAGUGACUACACAGAAAUGUGUCUAGAUUUAGUUUUGCAACACUUUAAGCAAAUUGGCAGGUACAUGUAAGGCCUACACAACAGCCAGGUGCUGCCUGUAGAAAGGUACUGAGGGUUGGGGGUGAGUGUAUUCUCACCUUAAGCAGCCACAAUGAUGACAGAAUCAAGAAGGUCAAGAACAGUUGGUUUUAUAACCAAAACAACAACUUUGCACUUGCAUCUCAUGUUUUGGUACAUUUCUUUGAAAUCCGUUGCAUGUCUAUGAUGUGCCUAAUGCUUUCUGCUGUGUCAUUGGCAAGGAAAUGUGGAGACUGUAUGUAUCACCAAGCGUUUUUGUGAAAAUGCUGCCAGAUGCUUACUGCAGAGUAAUUGUCCAACAGGUUUCUAGCUUUUGGAUUGGCUCUAUCAUCAUCAUGAACUGUUUUCCUUACAUUCCUUGUGCUGUCAAUAAGCAGAAUAGGUAUAUAAACAGUGACUUUUUUGGUGACUGCUUCCUCCAUUCUCAUGACGUCAAUGUUUGAUAAGGCUGGGAUAUUUGUAGAACAAUCAAAUUUAGCUGUUGGCCACUUUCAAGUUUCAUCACUCAUCUUGCAACUUUGUUGCUUUCGCUCACUUUGCAAGUAUCCCUUGCGCCUUCAGCGCAAACGCAGUCGACUUGUGGCGAGUCUAAAGAACUCAUUACUCGUUAGUUACUUUUUGGAAUUGCAAAUACUUCUCCCCUUAAGUUCUUUGCAAUUUACAAUGUGGGCAAGAAGGUUAAAAAGUGAUAAUGGGAAAAAAGAAUGUGUUGAACAAAGGUACAGAAAUCUGACCAAUGUGAAACUGAUAUUGUCUGUUUUAUCUCCUUUAGGUUGCCAAGAAGAGGGUGUACAGUGUUGUAGCUGCACUUCAAGAAGAGUUUGUAAGUUAAAUAACGACCAAAGAACAUGUUACUUUAUUGAAGUUUCAGGGCUGUAAAUUCAUCUUUUCAGAAAGGAAAAAUGCCUCACCAAGUUACUAUUUCAGUCAGACAAACUAGAAAAGUUGUCAGGCAUACACCUGUACAUUAUCAGUUCAGUCAUGCCCCACUGAAGGAUAAAUUCUGCCACACGUCAGUAUAUUUUAGUCAGACAUGGUCAGACGAUCGACUUUGAGUCUACUGCAGUGUAUAUUGCGGACUACAAAAUGUUUUUUUCUACUCAGACAAGUACAUUCUUUAAUGUUCUCAGUGGCUAUAUGAAAACUAAAUGAAUCGUACAAAGGAUGAUUAACUUGACAUCAAGCUACAUGUAGGGUUGAUUUUUAAUCAGACUAUUAUUGAUAACCGGAAUUUAAUUCCAAGUUGUGGUUUUAGAAACAUAACCUUGUGAUAGUGCUUACUGGUUUUUUGGGUAGUAUAUAUACACUGAUAAAUGUCCAAAUAAAUUACGAUAAAUAAUCGCUACUAAUGCAGUCAGUAAAGGUUUUCAUAUUUUGUUUUCCACCAGGGCGCUCUUGUUCCACUGUCAGAAGAAAUUCUUGAACAUCUUCAAACAGAAGGUCGCAGUUUGCUAGCUGAAAGACUGGCCCUUUGCUCAGGAGCUAAUGUCAAGAUGAUAAGCGGUAAUUUUCUUUAGCUUUUAUGGUACUUUGUUUCUGUGAUGCUUUGUAGCUGGUAUAAAAGGGGAGGGGAGGGGAGGGUUAAAAGCCAGUGGAGAUUCCCCUCCAACCCUGUCCUGUAUACUGAAUGUGGUGUAGCAAGAAGGGGGGGAAUCAUUUCUUUUAUUUUGCUUGUUCUUGUAAUCUAUGUGGGAUUGUGUUUUAUGGAAAUGCAAGUAACUCGAGGGAUUAUGCUUGUAGAGUACGAGACGUAUAGCGUUGUGUGAUAAACAUAGGGUGUCCAACCUGAUUGUAAGAUAUCCAUUCUAGUCAUAACUUUACCCAUUUCUUAGAAAGUAAGACCGUUUACGUUUUAACCCCAAGAUCAACAUUUGAAUUCUCAUUUGUUGCCCCAAUCCAUUUCCUACAGAAUUAGUGGGGAGAAGAUGAUAAAAUAUCAAGCAAAUUCAUCAUGUGUGCUCAUGUUCGUAAUACUCAUGACCACUCUAUUUUCCAAAGCAUUGAUAUUACAAGGAGAAAUUUGAUGCUGAUCACUCCUAGGGCUUAAGGGGUUAAGGGUGCACACAUGUACCUGCACUUCACCUGAAUUACAAUAAACAACCACUUACAUACUGUAGCUACAGGGUAUGAACACGGUUUUAAUUCAAAGAUGAUCAUUACUUCUUUUAGACACGCAACUGUUUAUAUCUGGUUACCGUACGUGUGUAAACCUGGCAAAGAAUCAGCUUGCAAAGAUCAAGGUUAUGGUGAGUACUGUUUGCAUCUUUUUUUCCUGCUUGCUCCCGCUCUACUCUUAUCCCCUCGCGUGUCGCACGCGCCUCGCUCGCAAUUUUCACUUACCUUCCAGUUUGUGUUGCGAAUAUACAAUGUAGGAAGAAGUUUAAACCAUGAAAGCGGCGAAAACGUUGGCAAAGUACAUUCGCGUGAUUUGUUCUCAUUGGCCCUUAUUCCAUGUCUUUUCCAUUUGUCAAAUGUUGGUUAAUUUUUCUGUUUUCACACUAUUUGAUAGCUUUUCUUGUUGACACGAAAAGCUAUCUGGUUUGGUAUGUACAGCAACGGCUCGGACUAGAGUAAGUUAUUCACACUUAAAGCAUUGUGCCGGGCGCGGUUGGCUGAGAGGGUUUGGUGCACUAAAUAGUCCACUUUCGAGUUCCAAAAACCCUCACUUUCAAAAUGAGGCUAGGUGCACAACCUUUCUUUUGAAAAUGAGUUUUAUUUCCAUGAGAAUGAAAAGGGAUUUCCAUAUCAAAGGCUGAGCACCUACCCUCGUUUUGAAACAGAGGCCCGGGGAACUCGGAAAUGGCUUAUUCCAUCCUCACUCCUAAAUAUGAUAAUUACUUCCGUCUUAGUGGGUUCCAGUCCUCGCUCCUACCUAUUCACUUCCGCUAUACGGUCCAAAUACCUGUUCAUACUGUAACCGUAGUGUGGCACAGAACUUAUCCGAUAUGGGACGCUCCACUUUAGAGAUCGGCGCCGCACAGCUUUGCUCCGUUACAGAAAUCGCGCCGAAAUUACCGUUGUUAUAGGUGAUACGUAGCCCUAUCCAGUAUCUGGUAUAGUGUGAACAUAGCUAUUGCCUUUUGCCGCUGUUGUACCCGCCGCCGUUGGCGUUGCGUAGGCUUCCCAGUAAGACUGUGAAAAAAAAUGCACUUUUUAUUUGAGUGUCAAUGUAUUUAGCUCGAAAGUACUAAUUGGGGACACUAUAUUUUACGUCUCCAACUGGAGACGGGACCGCCAUUUUACGUGGUCAUCCGAGCCACGCGAAGGUCUAGCCUGUUGCAGUGCAAAGGGAGUACCUUCAUUUCUCGGUUAUUUUAAGACCCUGAGUAUUGGUCCGGCCCGAGGAAUCGAACCCGCGACCUUCCCGCUCUGCAGUCAACACGCUCUACCGACUGAGCUAAUACUGCCGCGGUAAAAACACUCUUACACCUUAGUAUCUGAAUGUACCCUCACCAUUUGUUGUUAAAUGGUAUUAAGUGUAAUAUCUCUUGAUUUACAGCUAAAGUACACAGAUGAUCCAGACAUCAGUGUAGCAAGUCCAAGCCAACCAGAUAGUGCUGAAGAAGAGAUUGAACGAGUGGGUAGACUGUUCGCAGCAUUAGAAGGGAGACGACAAAGUUUUAAAAGGUAAACAUUGCCAAGUAGUCUUCACCCGUAACAGGGUCCGAAAUUAACUUUUUUAAUAUGGGCGCCAACUGGUGAGCAAGUAUAAAUUUUUGGUCGCCAGAGGGCAAACUAUUUUCGCCAAAAAUUCCCCUUGGUGGCUUGGAAACGUUCAACUCGUAUUGAUCGUAGCUGUUGUGGAGGUAUAUUUACAGGAAGAUUCGUUUCCCUUUUAAAUUAAAAAAAUAUCAGCAGGACAAAAAGUAAGACACCUGUUGGCAAAGAGCUUCGAGGUUUCAAUUCUUAAUCAUUUUCUCCAAACAUGAAAGUCUACAAUAACAACCAGCUUUACAAGUCGCCAGCUGGCGACCAGCUAUGAAAUUCUGGUCGCCAGGACUGAAUUUUUGGUCGCAUUGGUAACCAGGAAGGCGCAAUUUCGGACCCUGCGUAACAAUAAGAGACAAGUAGUGAGCUCAUACUUCUUUCACUAGACGUUUUCAGUUGGAUUUUUCUUUCCUCAACAACGCAUACUGUCAUUGGCCAUAUCGAGGCAAUCUCAUCGCCAGAGCCUUUGUUUCACUUAUCUGUAAUGGAAUUUUCAAUUUAGAUUUCAAGGAGGGUCUGAAAAGACGAGUUUCCGCUGAAAGUGUUUGAAAACUCCUUGAAUGUUUUGUUCAGAUGGGAAAUAAUGAAGUAUUAUAUUAAAGUAAUUGGAAAAACCCAGUUGUUGGUGCUCCUUGAGUCUUAUAACUUGAUAUCAGAGUGUACUGUGCUACUUUAACCUGUGGUGCUACAUUUUCAUCACGAACCUGCACGCGUCUAUGUUGUUCGAUAAUGAGCUUGAACUACAUAAAACAAACUUUAAACCAAUGAUAAAACCAAUAUCCUCAACUUGGUCCCUUAGGUCCCGCCUCAAAAACGCAGACUCUUAUUCAGUGGAAUUGGUUUUAAAGAUACGUAUUAGCUCUUGCAUGCUCUAUUUUUGGUGGAGGUCAUCCCACUGCGUGAACGAAUAACAGUUAUCUCCCGGAUACUUAAUGCUACAGAACCAAAAGUAAGCUUCGGCUACACGUAUGUUCUUUUCUCUUUGGCUCGUAAUGGUAAUUUAUACAUUGUAAUCGUGCGCUUAACUUGAGACUUAACCCAAGUUUAGCAGUUUUCAUAUAUUCUCUCAUACGCAUUCGCGCUUUAAUUGGGCUCUAUAUUCGUUAAGCCUCGCCCGCCGGAAUUUCAAUUCAUAUACCAAGCGAAAAAAAUAGAGCCUAAUCUCAGGCUAUCUUGCGCUAUUCGUAGCCUUGUGUAUAUGCCUUAAAUUUUUCUUUGAACAAUUUGUUACAGAGCCUAGUACUGCGGAUCUAAAGCCCAGCAAAGGCAGCUUGACAAGGGACUUCUUGCUUGCUUGUGCUUCAUCCCCUAUUGCUCAGCAGCGCCCAGCUGAUCUCAGCUUAGAUAGAACAGAGGAUUGGGUCCAAGCCAUUGUGCUAGUUAAUGUGAGUAUCGGGCUACGUGCAAACGGAUGCAACAUUGUUGACCCACAAUUCCCAACUUUGUUGGAUGUUACAUGUUGUGUUCGUUUGCACACCCUGUUGCAUGUUGUUGGAUGUUGUUGCGUGUUGUUGCGCAAAGUUUGAAACGGGUCAAACUUUUCGCCCCGUGCAAACGGACGCAACAUUGUUGGCUUACAACUCCCAACAUUGUUGGGAGCUGUUGCGCCCGUUUGCACGUAGCCUCAGAGUGUUUUAAAAAAGAAUCAUGUGGGGUAUUUGUUCUUUGUGGAGUUGCCUGCGAAUAGAGCCGCCUCCAUCGCUGCCGUCGCGAAGGGACCCUGAUGGCAGAGCCUUUCUUUGAGUUUCACCAGCUCGAUUUUAGCGUAAUCGAGAAAGACACUGCACAAAUUGAGUAAGAUAUUUAUUGAGCAUGUGCAGCCCUCUUGCUGGGAAACCUGGAUAGCUGUGCGCUUGGUACAUGAACAUCGGGCUUAGUUACGAACAUCGGCUUAUCAAUAAACGGAUGCUUGUACUCGGAAAACCAGUUUGAGUAGAAAAAAAAAAAAACAAAACAAAAUUGACUGGUCCAGGGCCCGGUUCCUGAAAGGCCGAUUAUCGCUAAUCCAGGAUUAAAAUUUUGUUCACUUUUUGUAUUUAACUUCCAACGCACUGCUUAGAGUAACAUUUUGUGUUAUCAUUUCUUUUUUCGAAGUAAAGACACAACAGUAUUUUGUAAGCUCGAGUUACAGGUUCUUAGACAGAAAAACCUUGCUUAAAAUUUGGCUUAAUUCCGGGUUAAACUUAACCAUCUUUCGAAUUCGAGGAACGAGAGGCCCGUUUCUCGAAAGGCCAGGUAACUUUUCGGGUCCGAAGGCAAAUUUUGAAAUCAAAACCUGUUUAAAAGUAGCUCAGUUCCUAACGAGGACGAGAUGUCAAUCCCUUUUUUUCCCGCGUGUUUACAUUAGAUAACUUGUUCCGGCCACUAUGAGAGUAGAAUGACGAAGGCUAUCGCGUUUUCCCGCCGAAAUGAUGUUGGUUCACGCCUGCGCACUAGAUAGUGUUAAGAAAAUCUCGUCCUCGUAGUCGUCCUUGUCUUGUAAUUUAAAGGUAAUCUCAAGCGGAACGAUUCUCAACGACGAUUUUUAGCGCAGUACAGCCUUGCAAUGUUGGAACAAUGUUGCAGCCAUUCCAAGCAAUGUCGCAACAAUGUUGCAAUGGGGUGUUACACAAAAAAUCGUGGUUGCCAAUCGUCCUCCAAUCCCGACCCAGUCUCCCUCGAACAUCAAAAUGGCCUAUUAAGCAACAUCAAAGCGCCUUGCAAUGCUCGCCACUUAUCUACACACGCAAUAAAACACGUCUGAAAUAGCACCAAAAAAUCGCCUGUGUAAACGGGGCUUAAAAACUAUAGGAUUUUACUUUUUGUUAUUUUCAGGGAAGAAGGGGCGAGGAGGUUCUGUUGGGACAAAGGAGAGGUUUUGGAUCACCUACGUGUAAUUUGGAUUCCAGAACAAGACAUCCUUCAGUCUAGGGCCUCAUUGUUUCUAUUAACUGUCGACCGUUUAUUAUGGGAUGUCUGAUCAUCGCAGAAAUGUUGUUGAAUGAAACAAGUACGUUCAACGCUACGUAAAUGGAACUCGCCAGGCACUGCCCUUAAUCUGAAAGGAACAAGUUUGUGUUUGAGCAUGCAUGGUUUAAAAAAAUGACAUCGUUCUCUUGGCAUCUAGACCUUGCUGUUGUUAUUCAACGUAGCAUCUUCAAACAAACAAAGAGAAAUCAUUUUUUUAACUGGGAUUUACAAUUACCAGAAGAGGUUGAUUGAUC